AGUCUUCUACAACAUGGCGUUGUUACUGGACCAGCGAAAAGUCGUUGCUGGCGGUGAAAGACCCCUGCCGGUAUCAGACAGUGACGCGCCGAAUAGCGACAACGACGGGAAUGUCAGCGGGGAGUCCCGCAGUGGCAGCAGAGCCGUCGCCGUCGCUGCCGAGGCGGAGCGGAGCCUUAUCCCCUGCAUGGGCAACCCGCUCACCCGCAUCCCGUGUGGCUCGAUCACCGUGAGGCUGGAGCAAACGACGCUGCUGCUUGGCACGGCCUCGGCCGGCGGCACCAGCUCCGGGAGCCUCGUUGCGAGCUUCCCCACGGCGACGCUCGCCUUCGCGGAGUGCCCCAGCGAGGGGGACACGGCGGUGAAGAAGGUGCUUGAGCUUCGCACGGAGAACGUGGAGCUGUUCCGCCCUGGCGCCGUGAAGGUGCUCAUCCUCGGCUUUCGCGGGACCAAUAAGUUCGAGUUCUACUCCCGGCAGGUGGUUGGUGAGGGGGAGGUUGGCUUCAUGCUGACGCUGCUCCAGUCGAACCCGUGGACCGGCAACCCGCGCUUUCAGGACUUUCAGGAGAUGAUUCAACUCGUGCGCUCCUUCACCGCGAAGAGCAACGCCGAGGUGUUCCACCACUUUGGGGCUCUCAGUCGGGAUUGGUCUGCGGAGCUAAACUCGCCGGCCCCAUCAAGCGCGGAGGCGGCUGGCGUCGGCCACGCCGCGGAGGAGGCGGCGCGGCGCAACGCCGACAGCCAGACCGCUGACAAGCGUUUCUUCAAGGCCCUGCGACAUGUAAAGUUUUCCCCGCAGCUACGCUUUGGCGGCGAUGUGGCUGUGAACGUCGAUGUCAUUCUUAAUUGGCUUGGUAUAUCUGAGAAGAUGCUGCCGCAAGUUUUGCACAUGCAGGCAUGCGACCGACUGGAAGGCCUCUUGAAUCGCAUCGCGGAGAGAACGAAAGCCUAA